UUCGCAGCCUUGCAGCAGCAGCAGCACUCCUUGCGGCCUUCGAGGUCGGUCUCGUUGCAGUCGAUAGAAUCUAUCGUCUGUGCAACUCCAGAAGCACUUGUCGUGAGUGACAGACUCUGAUCUCUUGGCGGGUCCCCUUGCGUCGAGUUUCGUGCUCGAGACUCGUGCGCUUCACGUUACAGCCUCUGAACGAGGUUCCGUGCUUGAGUCUGCUGCUGCUGCAGGCGUGGCCUGGCCUGGCCCCGCUCACUCCGUCGAGGAAGCAUCCGAAUUUCGAGAAAUUUGUGAAAUUGGUGAAAUUGGUGAAAUUUGUCGUUCCCUCCGUCUCGGUACAUGCUCAGGAUCGGGCUGCCGUCUCGAGUGAAUGUUAGGGAUUGAUUGAUUGAUUGACCGGGGCGAAUUUCGAAAUUGCAAGUCGGAAGCUGCUCGUGGCGGAGAGGAGUGAGUUGGUCGAGUUCCGUGAUGCCGGCAGGGACGGGAUUGUGAACUCGACGGGACAUCGGCGAUGGAGGAAUUGAUUGUGAAGAUUGCCGAGGAUGAGGAGAACGGGCGGGAUUCUCACGCCCUCCUCUCGCGGUUCAAGUUCGAUGUGAUGGGGAAAGCACGAGGCGAGGUCGACGAGGAGGCAGGAGCGUCGAGUUCGCAGAACCCAUUCGCGGCCAGUGAUUCGUCCGAAGACAUGGCGGCCUCCGAUUCGGACGACGUGAUGGAGAAUCGCAGGAAGCUGCUGGCGGAAAUUCGCUCGUGCUUUCGCAUCCUCUCGAUCCACUCGCGCCUGCUUGGAACCGAGAGCCCUCGCACUCGGCGCAUCACCAAUCUGACCAACAGCCGCCAAUCGCUGCAUUCGCUGGCGAUGGAGAAGUCCAAUGACGCCGCCACCUCCUGCGGCACCUCGAAGGAAAUCAUGAUGCGCCCCGACGAUGUCCAGAGCUGUCUGCUCUACGAUCAGUGGAUCACGGGCUCCUCCCCCGCCACCAUAGCCGAUGCCGAUGUCGAUGUCGGCCAUGGGGCUCCAGACACUCGCGAGUGUUCGGAUUGCACGACGGUGAACCUCGCCGCCAGCCUCGCCGCGAACGAGCCUUGCAGCGAGAACAUCCACCAGCUCGCCGCGCUCAAUCCGACAUUGCAGCUCAAGCCGAAGGCGGAUCUGAGCAAAUCCGACGUCGUGAAAGUCGUCGAGUGGUUGUAUCGAGAUCACCCGGGGGCAGUGUGGCGAGCUGCGAGCCGGGAAGCCAUGGCCGAUGAUGAGAACAGAAGCUCUCUCAUAUACGGGGAGGUGAGCUUCGUGGCAUUCGCAAAGCUGAUGGAAAAUUACUGCCCCAAAAGGCGCACCAGCGUUGUGGUGGACUCGAACCAGCUGAAUACAGCAGCAGCAUCCAGCAGCUCGUGUGACGAUACCGGCGGCUUCAACUUCUACGAUUUGGGCUGCGGUGGUGGUCGAUGCGCUUUCAUGGCUUCGCUGCUGAACACGAAUUGCGCCAAAGCUUGCGGCAUCGAGAUCGUUCCCGGCAUGCAUCAGAUGAACCAAAUUCUGCUGAGACUUUACAAUAAGGAGGUUCGUCCAAACCUUCAUCCUCUCAAGCAGAAGCAGCAGUUGGUGUUUCUCUUGGGUGAUUUCCUUCAAAUGGACUGGUCGGAUGCGGACGUAAUAUUCACCAAUGCCACGUGUUUCGAAGAUCCUUUGUUUGACAAGUUCGAGGACAUGGCUGCCAAGAUUCUCAAGCCAGGAUCAAUCAUAAUAUCAGUGGCAAGAUUUUUCUCUAAACGAGAGCUGUGGGAUCUGAUAGACGAACAGGAAAGGAGAAUGAGCUGGGCUCCAGCAAUGGUGUAUGUAUAUAGAAAGAAAUAGAUUCCAGCCUAAACACUUGUUAGUCCGGACUUGACACAUUGGAUACUCUGAGUUACCGAUGGUGAUGGUAGCGAAAAUCACCUCCUUUGAUACCAGUUUGGCUAUAGAAGGGGCUUGACAAUUGGCCAAGUCCAGCAAGGCUUUAAAGUGUGGGCUCGAUCGAUCAUGUGGGCAUAUGCUUCACAGAGAGGCCUGUCAACGACCAUCGUGAUGGAAAAGUCCAUCGUACCCAUAAGAGAAGAAUCAGUUGCCCUGUUUUUUGACAAAAUCAAACUCCUCCAGCCUCACAGAUCUUCUAUUUGCACUUGUAGCAGCAUCAGUUGUCGAAGGUGAAGCACAUGAAAGCCUUCAUUGUUUACCUUUACACCCACUGCGCACGGAAUAUGUUCCUCUACCUGCUCCAUGGCUUGCUUUGUGCUACUGGGUAGUGAGUCACUGUAUGAGGACUGAUCUUCAAGCUUCAGUAAUCUCGUACCCUUCUUACUGUCAUAAAAAAGGUACGAGCCUUUCCAUGUGUGGACUGUUCUGGUACGACGAAGGAGGUCUGAAACGUCAUGUUUUCUGUGAGAUUGUGGGCUAAGAACGUCCCCAGACUGUUAGCUCUCAGGGAAAGUACUGCACAUGCCAUAAUGGCGACCAAGUUGUUGUGAUUAGAAGGCUUUUGUAAUGAAGAUGGCAGAUGUUAAAUUGCAACAUCAUUAAUUUUUAUAUCAUGUUACAUCAAAUCAAAUGUCAUGCUAAUUGUAUUGAAGAUAUCUUAAAUGAUCAUGAUGCUAGACACUAUCGAAUCUGACACAAGUAAUACUUUCAUAUAAGAUCGUGAAAUUUUAACGUAUCAAUAGCAGUCGUUAUUGACCAUAUUGUAGAUAUAUUUACUUCAUAACCAUAUAGUAGAUAAAGAGGGCAUGACAGAGUACAUUUUAAGUUCUAAACAUCAUCAAUCGUAAGUAGAUUCAAUCACUAGUGAAAUUUACAGGAUGUUAUAUUAAAAUAAUUUUUUUAAAUAAGUAAUAAAAAAACAUUUAAAAUUUAGCC